UUUAGCACGAGCUUUGCUGUCGUGCUGUGUUCAAUUUGCUGGUCAGCGGUAUCAUUCAUUAAUAGUCUCCCCCAAGAUGGAUUCCGACUUGCUUAGUCUCCUUCAAAAUGACGAGACCUAUAAACAAUUUAUUGAGAAGGAUUUUGAUGCAAAAGCGUACGCGAACUCCGUCAUCCAAAGUAGAGCCAUCAGCGACUCUCUUUCCAAACUGGCUGAUGGGAUAACACUUCUAGAUAAAGAACUGCAUUCACAGGUGGUUUGUCACCAUGAGGACCUUCUACAGCAAGCUACUGGGAUAGAGACAUUAGAAGGUGUAUUACAGAUGAUGCAGAGCAGGAUUAACUCUCUGAUGGCAUCAGUACAAAGAAUUCAACAGCAAAUAGUUGAACCAUACAACAAAAUUGAAAGCAGAACAGCUCAACUUAGAAGACUACAGGCUGCCUGUGAUGUUUUGCGACGAGUCAUCAGAAUCAUGUACUUGACCAAACGACUACAAGAACAACUAAAGGGUGGGGCUAGGGAGGUCACCAAGGCUGCUCAGAGUCUGAGUGAACUAGAUUAUCUUGUGCAAGGAGCAGAUCUUUCAGAAAUUCAGGUUAUUUCACAAGACAUAAAGAUGAUUGCUGAAGCCAGGAAGGACGUGGAAAACCAGGCCAAACAAAUGCUGUCACAAGGCAUGGAGGGCCAGAACCAAACGCAAGUAGCAACUGCUCUACAAGUGUUCUACAACCUUGGCUGCCUGUCUACCACAGUAGAUGGACUGGUGGAAAGGCUGAGAGAUGGGCUCAAGACAAGCUUAAACGAAGCACUAGAUGCUUCAACUCUCUCACAUUCACAGAAUAGUGGUGGCGGGCCAGGUAGAGCUAGCAUGCCGAUGCCUGGUAAUUCUGCCCUGUGGCGAGCAGCCCUGUGGACAAGGAUGGAGAAACUGAUGGAUGUGAUCUUCAGUGCUUGUGCACAGGUUUACCAUUUGUUGAAGGUCUUGGCAAAGAAAAGAGAUCCUGUCACUCAUGUAUGCUUCAUGGAAGAGCUUAUCAAGGAGGGAAACACUUCUGUCAUCACAUUUUGGGACUCUGCAACAAGCAUUUUGUCAGAGGAGUUUGCAGAUGCUGCGCAAACGUCCACUUUUCUCAAACAAGCAUUUGAGGGCGAAUACCCCAAACUACUGCGACUAUACAACGACCUGUGGGUCAGGCUUCAGCAGUUUCACACCAACACAGCAGUCAACCAACAGGAGCCAGCGUAUGGUCUGUUCCGCAAAACAGAGGAUUCAGAAACAAGUGCGGAGGAUAUGUUGAAGCAAAGUUUAUCGCCAUUCCAGACCGCCUAUAUCUCCCGUUCACUCUCUCGUCUCUUCGACUCCAUCAAUCUGGUCUUCCCAUCUGGUGCUCGCAACCCUCCUCAAAGGGAGGAGCUUACUAGUAUUGCUAAAACGAUUGGAAGUGAGCUGAGCGUUGCAAGUGUUGAUGUAGGUCUCACCAUCACUGUAGCGAAGAACGUGUCGAAGACAUUGCAGAUGUAUACCGCCAAGUGCGAGACCCUGUUACCAAGCGGCAAAGAGGCGGGUCAAGUUCAAGAUCACGUGACAUCGGGACAGCUUCGAGGCAUUGCUACCGUGAAUAGUCUUUAUCAAUUGCAUCUCGCCGUCACCAAGAUUUUGUCCGGCAUAAAGUCACUACCCGAUGUUGCUGUUGUGUCAAUUCGAUCAGGCCUUCAGGGCAUGGUGGCUCUGAUGAACGCUGCUUUGGACCCGCUGAUAGACGCCUUCGUGGGUGAGCUGGAUCAGCUAUUGUACCGCAUGCACAGCGAGGACUUUAGCAGCACGUCUUUGGCCAAACACACUAGUUCAUCAGACACACCGUGCUCAGGAUAUAUCAAGCAAGUGGAGGAUUUUAUUCAAGGCAUCCAGAGAAGGCACCUCUCGAUGUUUGAAUGCACAGAUCUCGUGCUUGAACGCCUUGAGCCUGUUGCCUGCCGUGUUCUGGAGAUAUUCGUGUGUCACGCAAGCCUGCUCAGACCCAUUGGCGAGGGUGGCAAGCUUAAGUUAGCUGCUGACAUGGCCCAGAUCGAGUUUGCUGUGGGCCCAUUGUGCCGGAAGGUGUCUGAUCUCGGCAAACCCUACAAGUUGCUCAGAUCCUUCAGGCCCCUGCUAUUCCAGACUUCCCCUAAAAUUGUGGAUAACCCCGCCCUCGGUGAGAGCCUCCCAUACAGUGUAGUAUUACACUAUCUAUUCUCGCGUGCACCUAGCGAACUCAAGUCUCCUCAUGAGGUUGCCGGAUGGACGCUAAGCUUCUACUCCAAUUGGUUGGAUGAUCACAAGUCGGAGGGCGAGCGACUUGCUCUGAUCCGGGGUACCCUUGAGGCUUAUGCCCAGUCCAUCAGGUCACGUGGCGAAAAGGAAUAUGCGGAGGUCUAUCCCAUCAUGCUGUGCAUACUUCAAGAAGGAAGCAAGUCACUGGAGGGUGUGUGAAUCGAGUCCAUAGUUUUGUUCAUUGAAGUCUGUAAAAGCAAUUCGAAGGCCCUUUUACUGAAGAACUUCGCUGCACACGAGUAACCGGAGGGUGUAUAGAAGCAGCUCAGGGUUUACUGGUGAAGAUGGUAAAAGGAGGUCGACUGCUGUUGAACUAAAGGUGAUGGCGCUGAUGCCUCAAGCGGGAAGCAAGUGGAAGGAGAUCGAAAGGAGGAGCAUGAAUUCAAAAGGUAGACAUUCGUAGUAGCCUUCUUUAAAUUAGAUCUACAGUCUUAAACGAUUAAAUGUAUUUAGUACCAGAGUUGUUAGGGAGAGGCAAUGUAACAUUUUAUCGAGAACAGGGGGAAGUGGAAGGCUGGAGGGAUUACAAGAAUUUGUAGCCAUCACAAACAAGAUACAAAAAAUUGUGAGGUUUUAUUUGUUUCAUAUCAUCGAUAAAUCGGCUAAGAUUAUCAUCGCCCAUCAAAUUACUGAUCUCAUAAAUCAGUCCAUGGCAAUGGACUGAUUUGUGAGGUUUUAUUUGUUUCAUAUCAUCGAUAAAUCGGCUAAGAUUAUCAUCGCCCAUCAAAUCACUGAUCUCAUAAAUCAGGUCAUGGCAAUGCUCUAAAAAUGUAUAAAAAUUAAAUUAUUUGUAUGUUAGACCAGGGAAAUGAAUUGAAUAUAAAUAAACUAUAGAUAUAUAGAA